GUGACCUCUGACCCUGACUUGGGGGAGAGCGGGGUAGUGGAGUACUCACUCCACCCCAAGCGACGACUCCAUCUACUUCUCUAUCAACUCCACAAACGGUGCAAAUCGCUCUUUCACUCAGCUUUGAUCGCGAGACUCAGGAAUACUUCUCCUUUGAGGUGAUUGCUCAGGAUUUCGGGAGAGCCGACGUUAACGAACUCAGCUGUUGUCAUGGUAACCAUUCUCGACGUCAACGACAACAUACCGCAGUUGAAUUCCUCUCAGUAUGGUGCCGUGCUACGUGAGGACACACCAGUUGAUUCCAUUAUAGUUGGUAUUGCUGCUAGCGAUGCUGACAUGAGCUUCAAUGGGGAGAUAGUGUUCUCACUUUCAUCAGAUUUCGACUCUACAUUUACCAUUAGUGAACAUUCUGGACUCAUCGCACUUUCUUAUCCCCUUGACUUUGAGAGGGAGCACAAUUACACAUUCUUCGUGGUUGCCACUGACAACGGGGACCCUCCGUUGUCGAACAGCUCCGAGGUGACCGUCAUUGUCACAGAUCUCAACGACAACCCUCCGCUCUUUGCCUCCGACACCUACACCACUUCCGUUCCCGAGAACGCAAUCCUCGGGACGUCCGUGUUCCAGAUCCCAGCCACCGACGCUGACUCCACCUCCAACGCAGAGCUCCGCUUUUCCGUUCUCUCCGGGAACCUGGCGUCUGCUUUCCAACUGGACGAGAGGAGUGGUCUCAUUUCCCUCCAAGAUCAUCUGGAUAGAGAGGUCACGGCUGGGUACACUCUGUCACUGCGGGUGGUCGAUCAGGGAACGCCUCAAUUCACUGCACAGGCAGAACUACUAGUCCAAGUAGCCGACGUCAAUGAUCACAUUCCAGAGUUCAGUUCCAAUGUUUAUCACGUCUCGGUUCCAGAACAGUCUGGAAUGGGGACACUUGUCGGGGUUGUAGCUGCCACGGAUGCCGAUACGGGGGUUAACGCUGAUCUCGUGUACUCAAUAAUAGCGGGGGACCCUGAUGGAAUAUUCAGUAUUGACCCCCUGGCUGGGGAGGUCAUUAUCAGCCGGGGACUUGAUUUCGAGAGUGUUCCAUCUCAUAGUCUGACAGUCCUGGUGUCAGACCGCGGACAGCCCCAGUCACACUCCAGUACUGCCGUUCUCUCAGUCUCCGUUCUGGACGACAAUGAGCACCCACCUUCCUACCCGAUGUCCCAUUACAUCGUCGACGUUCCUGACAACACACCCCCUGGCGCUCGUGUUGGGUCGUUUCCAACUAAUGACAGUGACACCUACCAACGCUCCUCCUUGCGCUACAGCCUUGGUAACCACGGAAAUGCCUCUUUCUUUAGUGUAGACCCUUACACUGGUGACCUUUACACCCUCUCUCUCCUUCCUUCUGGUGGUGAAGAGCUUUUCAUCUCUCUUGUGGUAAGUGACGGGCUCUUCACUGUGUCAGUGGGUGUCACUGUAGCGGUGUUCCCUCUCUCCUCCUCCCUCCCCGUCUUCCAACCUCCCUCCUUCAUCUUCUCCAUCAACGAAGACACCUCCUUGGGAGAGGUGGUGGGGUCGCUAACGACAACUGGCGAUGAUGUCAUUUUUUCACUUGCGAAUGAAUCUUCAGUUGAUUUCCCGUUCGAGGUCAGUUCAAAUGGGGAAAUCAAUCUGAUUGGUCGGGUAGACUAUGAAACUGCACCCACUUGGCUCUUCAGUGUCCGAGCAGUCUCGACUCUCAAUUCUUCCCUCGUCUCGCAUGCCGUGGUUGCCUUGGAGAUAGACGAUGCCAACGACAACCCACCGACGUUUGCUAGUGGUAGCUACUCUCUCAUCAUAUCUGAACUAACUCCCGUCUCCUCUCUCCUCCUCACACUAACAGCCCAUGAUCUCGACCCUCCGGGGGUCAACUCUGAGGUCGAAUUUUCAAUCACGGGGGGCAACGAGGGGGGCAAAUUUGACGUUGACCCCCUGACUGGGGAACUGAUUGUGGCUGGUCUCCUCGACUACGAAGAGCAGCAGAGAUUUGUCCUGAAUGUCUCAGUCACUAACCACAGAGCCCUCUCUCCCUCUCCCUCCCCUCUCCUCCCGGGCGGUGGUGUGGGUGGAGCUAGUGGACGAGAAUGACCACGCCCCCCAGUUCACAGCCCCGCACUAUCAAGCCGCGGUCUCCUCCGGUGUGGGGGAAGGUACCCCAGUCCUCACCCUCACUGCGGAGGACCCUGACUCCGGAACUAACUCCGAUCUGAGCUUCUUCCUCACUCACCUGGACCUUCCUCUCUCCUUCGCCGUCAACCAUUCAACGGGGGUCGUAUCCACUGGCCCUGGGUUCAGAGGAGACGUUGACUCCUAUGUACUACUGGCUGCUGUAUCAGACAGAGGCUCCCCACAGCCUCAGAGUGACACGGCCACCAUUUACAUCAUGGUGGUCCCAGACAACAAUUUCGCCCCCCAGUUUUCAUCCCCGGGGGGCUACGCCGUGAGCAUACCCGAGACCCUACCUUUCGGGGGGUCCGUGGUUCAAAUAUCUGCCAGCGAUCCAGACUCCCCCGAUUUACUAAUAACUUACUCAAUAGCCUCGGGGACCCGGGGGAAAUUUUCAUCAUCGACCCCUCAACUGGUCUGAUUUCACUGGUUGGGGGUCUGGAUUACAACUCUGUGUCCCUCUUCCAACUUGGCGUUGAUGCAGAAGAUGGCGGAACUCCGCCCAGAAACUCUUUUGUUACUGUCAAUAUCUCCGUUGCCGACGUCAACAACCACGCCCCUCUCUUCCCCACCUCUCACUAUACCAUCAGUAUCUAUGAGAACACGACUGCAGGGAGUUCCAUUGCCAAUAUAACAGCUACAGACCCGGACACUGUGUCCAUCUCUUACCUACUGUCACUGAACUCUUUUGCCGGGGAAAUCCCUCUGUUUUCUCUGGACAGUGAAACUGGGGUGUUGAGCACCAAUUCUAGUGUAGAUCGAGAGGUCGCUGGAAUUCGUCAUCUCCUUGUGUCUGCGAUAGAUUCCGGGUAUCCAAUUCGGUUGUCUAACAGUGUGCCUGUUACAGUAAUCAUUGUCGAUUUAAACGACACCCCACCGCAGUUCGACCAAUCAGAAUACGUCUUCUCGUUGCUAAGAUACCUGGCACCGGGGGUCGAUUUCGCCAGGGUGACCGCCACCGACAGCGAUCUGAUUGGUCAGCCGCUGGAGUAUGACAUCACGGGGGAUACCAGUGGGGGUAUUAUUGGAGUAAACUCCACGAGUGGAGUAAUGUUUGCGAGGGGGCGUGUGCCCGAAGAAGCUCUAGGAACCUAUGAGCUGACUGUAUCAGUGUAUGAUGGAGAAUUUGUGACGACUGUAGCAGUUACAUUGGAGCUCACUUCCGAUGGAUCCUUCUGUGAAGCAGCCUCAGGUCUGUGUACUGACGUGGAUCCAGUCAACUGCUCUUUCGUUCAGUUUGGAUCAUGUGACCCCAGAAUCAUCGGCUCUCUCUAUGACCCUUUCUGCACUCACCCUGAUUUCGUUCUAUCUCCAGAGCGGUUCCUGUGUGUGAGACACUACUGCCGUGACCCACAACUCUCUCUCUGUCUCCCCUCCGAGACCUGUCUCCCUCCCAACACCGCCUGCGACGGGCAGUGCCCCCCGGGGACUUCCCUCUGCCCCACCACACACCUCUGUCACGUGACCUCGCUCUCCGAGUCAUGUGACGGGACCAACGUCACCUGUCUCAUUGGUCAGAUUCUAGCCGAGGGCACAGACUCAACUAGAGAGUGCCGCUCUCUCUCGACCCUCCCCCAAACUGCCCUAGACUGCAGCAACGAACAGCUCUAUUGUACCAGUACUGAUGAGUGUGUCAACAUUACAUCACCCCCGGCCUGCCCCUACUGCCCCACCCCCCUCACACUCUGCCCCGACACCAGAGAGUGUGUCCCCAGUCCGGAGCACUGCUGUGGAAGUGGAGGGUUCUUCUGUGACGCUCUGAACCAGUGUCUAGCUCUCAGUGAGAUUUGCCAACUUCCCAAUGUUCCUCCAGUCGUUUUCACGCCUCUAAUCCACCUCCCGAACCCUGACCCCCAGUCAGGUGAUGGUCAUGUGAUAUCGGAGUUGCUAAGCAACAGGGACAAACAGCACGGUCAGUAGACUCUCAAGGUGAAGAAUUAAGCAUUGCAAUAGUUGAGACUUCGGACAUAUCGCCAGCCAACGGAGAGUGGCAGUUUGGGUUGUGUAGCAACACGUCUUGGUUGCCGGGAGACGCAGAAGAAUGCGGAAUGUGGGAGUGGUCAGCAGUGGGUGUGGUUUCAGAGACACGGGCACUUGUUCUCCCGAGUACAGCUCGACUCAGGUUCCUCCGCCUGGGUGUGGUCCUAGAGGGUGUGGUCUGGAUGAAGGUGAAGUUGUGGGACGGAAACCAAGAUGGUUACCUCAGCUCUAGCAGUGACCUGGUGAGGCACUCUCUCCCUCACCACCUCCCCACCCUCCCCUUCUCACACACCGGCCCUUUCAGUGAGAACACGACGUUUAUCACCGCACUCCUCCUCCCCCUCCUCCCACCCCCAUCCCUCCCCACCUCCACCCCUCUCACACUUUCACCCCUCACCGAGGACACGCCCAUCACCGCCAACCGUGGAAACACUGUAGAGGAUCUGGUUUUACAGGUUUUGGUUCCGGAAUUACCAGUUUGCCGGAAGACACGAUCCAAGGCCUCCCAGACAGUUUGUCAUUUGCAGAGUUUGAGAAUCGCGAAACUGAGGCUGUGGAGGAGUAUUUCAAUAGAGUGAAAGGGGUUAAUCCCACUCGUCAGCAGCGACGGAGUGUCAUGGAACGAGGACUGGGACCUGGAAUAGGAAUCAGACUUGAUUCAUGGGUGACGUAGAGGGCAAAGGUCAGUGGCAGGUGGCGUGGAACGGAGACGUCAGACGGUAUGUGUACGUGACCUCGCUCCUCACCUCGACCAAUCAGAUUCUCCUGCUUAACACGACAGCUCGGAUAAGAUUCGUCCCCAGACCAGACUACUGUGGCCAGGUCUCCAUUCCAUUCCAACCGUGGGACGGGGUUUGGAACGAGACUGAAACCAAUCAGACUGAGACGGGAUUCCUGGUAACCAAGGAAACGACCAUAUCAGAGUUCAACCUAAACGAGGUGGUCUUGGCCACUCAGACUGUUGAAUGUAUACCAGACAAACCAGUUUUACUGGUCGACCGACUCCAGUUAGAGCCAAUUCCCUACUUCAUCUCCCACACCUACAACCGUUUGUUUACUGUGAUCGUAUCCAUGGAGACGGGUGUGUUGCGUGGCAACCGGGAGAGGUUGUCUGAGCUGCUACACCUCGUCCUGGAAGAGGAGGUGUCAAUUCUCAGGAUAGCUGGUCAUCACACAGACAUGAGUUCCCAGGUGAGUGUGAGGGUGGAGGGAGACAGGCUGAGUUUCUCUGAACUGGAGUCCCGGCUGGAGGAGAAGGCAGACGUCCUCCGUGACCUCGGUUUCCCCAUCUCCCUCGUCUCUCAGACUGCCUACUAUGGUCCAGGAGAAGGCUGCUCAUCUUCCCCGACACCACAGCCAGUUCCUGGAGCAACCGUCUCCUCAAUAACCAAUCAGAUCGCAGACGACAGCGAUGGACACGUCCUCGGCUUAGCCGUUGUAAGCUCCUCCUCUGUUGAUAACGAGGGGGUGUGGCAAUAUCUCCGUGGCAACUGGAGCCUCAUACACCAAAGUGUCGCAUAUGCCGACCUCCCGGAUUUCUCUACUGCCCCCCAGGAGGGACCCUGGGUAAAUUUCCCCUCUCAACUGACUGAGUCUCGCGCCCUCCUUCUCCACCCAACUGACCGACUAAGAUUUCUACCUCGACCGACGUUCUUCUGGUCUCCUUCUCUCCCUCCCUCUCUCUCCGUCAAAGCUUGGGACCUCUCCGUGGGGGAGCCCCUGUUAUACGCUGCUAACGAGGCAUUCCUGACCGGGAUCAAUACGGAUCCGUUUGUGGACACAACUCAGUCUCUGUUCCAUACCAUUGGGAUCUUCAGUGAUGAUGUCGCCGUUUUGAAUGCCAGUCGUCGUGGCUGUGAUGAUGUCAUUGAUUCGAGGUUGACCUUUGACCCCUGCUGUGUGUGUGGGGGAGAUGGUGGAACGUGUGCUGGGUGUGAUGGUGUGGAGGGUUCGGGGAGAAUGUACGACCACUGUGAUGAGUGUGGUGGGGACGGGGGAUGUGAGGGGUGUGACUUGGUCCCAUUCUCGUUCUCCGAGACCGGUGCCUGUGGGGAAUGUGUGAGUGUGGUGAGUGUGAGGGGUGACCUUGUGGAGGGGGUGAGGGGAGAAAUCGGGGAGGCAGUGGUGGACUGUGAGGGUGUGUGUCUGGGGAGGGGUGUGGUUGAUGAUUGUGGUGACUGUGUGCCAAGCGACUCCGCCCACCUCUACAACUACAACAUGGACUGUGCGGGUGUGUGUGGAGGUAACGCCAGUGUGGACGACUGUGGCUACUGCACUGGUCCCGGAACCAUGCUGACCCACAACUGGAACCUGGACUGUACCGGGGUGUGUGGGGGUCCGUUCCGUUCUGACUCGUGCAGCGUCUGCCAGCUCCCUGAAAUCGUGGAACAUCGCGACUGCCUCGGUGACUGUUUCGGAGCGGCCAUCUUGGACGAGUGUGGGGUGUGUCAUGCAGACCCCUCCUCCCCCCUCGUGGGGUCUUCGCUGGAUGCCUGUGGGGUGUGCGGGGGCCAGAAUUCCUCCUGCCCCGGCUGCGACGGUUCCCCUGCCAGUGGAGUGACUGUUGACUCCUGUGGGGUGUGUGGGGGGAACAACUGUGGGUGCUUCAAGAUUGAGUCCAUUGAACCCCAGUGGGGGCCCAAAUCUGGGGGAACCGAGAUUAUCGUUCGUGGUGCCGGCUUCUUCCUGAAUGAUAGCAGCAUCAAUUUUGACUCCCAGUCUGAAAAUUGUGGGGCCCCCCGGGUAAUUGGGGGAGAGUCGGUAUCGGCAACCUGUCGAUUUGAGUCUGGUCAAAACAAUGACAUCACUGCCGAUGAUGUCACCAUAGUCAAUCAGAGUACAAUCAGAUGCAUCACCAAGGCAACCACAACUGAUCUUUUUGAGCUCACUGUCUCCAUAGAAACCGGACCACAAUCCAAUGCAGUUAUUUUCCGUUACUAUGACGACACCGUGGUAACAGUCUCUGAAAUAACUCCAGCAGACACUGAAAUUGAUCGCACCACAAACGUCAGUUUCCAUGGCUACAACUUUGAUGAUACCGGUUCUUCUGUCUGCUUCCUGUACCAGACUGAGUCGUGUGGAAUAGAGACCAGCAAUGGGGGAAACCCUCUCGUUAUUCCAGCUAAUUACAUCAGUCAGAAUGAAGUGGACGGGCAGAGCUCUGGAGUCAUAACCUCUGACGGUGACCUCGUCUUCACCUACCGCUACAGUGCUCCUCUCGUGGAACAGGUUCGCUUCUCGCAAGACCUGUCUGACCUUUUAGUCCAGUUUGACCGACCGGUUCAACUGGUAGUCUCCGGUGACGAGGGAAAUCCAGUUUGCAGUGAGGUGUUCAGCUCUGUGUCGCUGGCCCUGCUGGGAGACGAUCCCUCCUGCUACUGGCAGACUACUCGACAGGACGUGUUGGGAGUUCAUCUCCCUCCCUCUGCGGUCGUCAACAUACACUCGUCCCUCUCGUUCCAGCCUCAGGUACUGGUGACUCGGGGCCAAGAUUUCUCCUACGCCGUGUCCGAUUCCGAGACCUUUCCCGUGGAUUCUAGUCUGGAUUACAUCAGACCUGUCGCUGUAGUCGACGGUCCUUGUUCCAUUCCAGCGUGUGGCGAGGUCUCGUUCACGGGAGUCCAUUCCCUGAAUCCCGGGGUACGGGGGUAUGUCGUACUCCUGCCGGUGGAGUCAGUUCUCCUGCCGUCCUUCCACUCCCGAAAGAAGCUGGAAGAGAUACACCGUGUCUUUAUCUCGGGGCAGGAUGAGAGGGAAAUCAGGGACGGAGAAGAUGUGGUGGUGGAAGCUGUUGUUUUCACUCCGACCUGCUCCUCCUCGGGAGAUCCCCAGAUAUCCUACCUCUGGGAACUCUCACAGCUCACGGAUGAGAGGAGAGGAGCUUUCUCUCCCGUCAGCCUCUCCCUUGUUUCCCUCUCCAGCCCCGUACUCCCUCCUCUCCCUCCCUUCCCCCUCCUCCCUGUACAUCCUCUCCCUCACCGCACCUUCACCACUCUCUCGCCUGUGGUCUCAGACACAGCCAACAUCUCUCUCUCCGUGACACCCAGACCUCUACAGGCUGUCGUCCACGGAGGAACAGGACGAUCCGACCUGGUCUCCAUUCCAGGAUCCGGCCUGGAACGGGGACUGGCAUACAACUUCACAGUGGAGCUGUCUCAGUCCGGAUCAGAGAGGUCGUCGUAUGACAGUGUCGUGAUUACUGUAACGAGAGGGGCAUCCCCCAUAGUUGAGGUGGUGAGGGUAGGAGAGGAUGGGUAUGUGGGUUCCAGUGAAGUGGUGAUACGGGGGACUGGUGUACUCUUCAACUCCUCUGCUGAGUCUGACAUGGGAGAGCGUCGAGAUUGA